AUGCGUCGUGCCCCCCUGCACCUCGCGCCGCCGUUCCUCCUCGACGCUGGCGACUUCACGCCCCGCCACCAGCUGCUGAGCGCGGUCGACGCCGCAAAGAAGCGCGCCGCCGCCUAUGCACACCUCCACAACUGCAACCUCUGCCCCCGGCUGUGUGGCGUCAACCGCUACGAGACGACGGGCAUGUGUCUCAUUGGGGAGAAGGCCAAGGUCAAUGUCAUCGCUCCGCACUUUGGUGAAGAGCCGUGCAUCCAGGGCCACAACGGCAGCGGCUCCGUUUUCUUCAGCAUGUGCAAUCUGAGAUGCGUGUUCUGCCAGAACCACGAUAUCGCUCACCAGCGCAACGGCCAGGAUCUGACACCAGAAGAGCUUGGCGACUGGUAUCUGAAGCUACAGGAUGUUGGAAAUGUGCACAAUAUCAACCUCAUCACCCCUGAGCAUGUGGUGCCCCAGGUUGCUUUGAGUAUCCUCCAUGCGCGGGAUCAGGGCCUUAUGUUGCCUGUCAUAUACAACACCUCGGCGUAUGAUUCGCUGGCCUCGCUCGAGCUACUCGAUGGGCUUGUUGACAUUUACCUGCCGGACUUCAAGGUGUGGGAGGUCGCCACCUCUCGUCGGCUGCUGAAAGCGGACGACUACGCGGCAACGGCCAGGGAGAGCAUCAAAGCCAUGCACGCUCAGGUCGGCGACCUGUGCUUCACUCCCGAUGGCAUCGCCAAGAAGGGGCUACUAGUGCGCCACCUUGUCAUGCCUGGCCUUGAGCACGAGGGCGCCGAGAUCAUGAGGUUCCUGGCCGAACACGUCUCCAAAGACUGCUUCGUCAACAUUAUGGAGCAGUACCAUCCAGACGCCUAUGUGGGGAAGCCAAAGAGGAGAGAGAGCCAGUCCGUCAGGACCGGACGAGAGCCCGCCGAGAAACGAUAUGCCGAAAUCAACCGCUCUGUGUCCAGGGACGAAAUUUCAGUAGUAAGAAAAGCAGCAGAGUCAGCCGGGCUCUGGAGAUUCUGCGACCCCCCAAGGCAUGAUGGGUUCAGUCUCUGA